GUCUACUAUGUAACUUUUUUUUCUUCUUUUUUUCAGGUUGGAUUAGAAUUAGAUCGUCUGGUCUACUUUGUGUGUUCUUUUGCAUUGUCCAUUUUCCCGAUCCAUUCUAACAACGGACAGAAGAGAGAAAUGAGCACAAAAAUUGAAAGAACAAACAACAUACAUCACUUUUCAAUUUGAAUGAAUAAUUAUAAAAAAAAUCCAUUUUCUACUAAUAAUUUGACUUGAUGAAGAUAGUUUGACAUUCAUCCGACCUUAUACAUAUAUGUUUUUAUUUAUUUAUUUCAAGCGGUGGCAGGAUAUCUAGUGAGAAAUCGUGACAUAGCCCUUUGUUGUUUAGUUGAGCAACUCCUCUGACUUCCCAGAAGUCCUCCACACAGCCAAAAAGGGGGCAAAAACCUAACCUUACCUUCCUAUAAAUCACACCUUCAACCCAUCCUCACCAUCACAAAAACAAGAAUCAAAACACCAAACAAAAUGGGAAGUAGUACUCGAACAUGUUUGGCUUUCAUGUUCGUCAUCUCCCUAUCCAUGUCCAGUUUCUGGGCCCAGUCGCCCACCGUCAACUGGGCCCGAAGACUGGACUCGAGCAACGGGCCCGAGACCAUCACCAACGUCCAGUUCUACUUCCACGACAUCCUCAGCGGGAGCAACCCGACCGCCGAGCGGGUGGUCCAACCGGCCUCGGGUUCCUCCCCGACGACCCUCUUCGGAGCCGUCGUGAUGGCCGACGACCCGCUGACCGAGACGGCCGACGCGAGCUCCAAGGUCAUCGGACGGGCGCAGGGGAUGUACGCCGCCGCGGGGCAGAGCGAAAUCUCGCUGCUGAUGGCAAUGAGCUACGGGUUCACGGACGGGCCGUACAACGGCAGCUCCCUCAGCAUCAUGGGCAAGAACCCGGCCAUGGACCCGACCCGGGAGCUGCCCGUUUUGGGCGGCACGGGGCUCUUCAGGAUGGCGCGUGGCUACGCGGAGAUGAAGACGGUGUCGGUCAACGCCGGGGGAGAUGCCGUGGUACAUUAUAACGUCACGGUCUACGCUCCGGCUUCAAACGGUCAAUGAGCAAGCUGAGUAAUUCUAGUUAUUAUUACUCGCCGGCGGCGAGCGUGCGGGGAAGGAGUAGUAACUCGUCGGAUUUGUUCAUUGUCGCUUAUAUGCUUUUUUUAGUUCCUAAUUUAUGUUUGUGUCUAAUUCCAUGUAGUACGUCUGAGUCAUGGAAUGGGAUCGAACUCUUUGUUUAAUUAUAACCACUCCGUUUAAAAGUGAUUAGGUGUCGAGCAGCCGUAUAUACAUAAUGGAAAACGGGAAAUUUGAGGGUUUUAUUAUUAAUUUAUUAUAUUUAGGUGUCGGGUUAAUCCAGAGUUUGGGUUCAUCGAGUGGGCUUUUGGAGUGAUGGCCUUUUCCCACAUUGUUAAUGGGUUGGGGACGUCGGCCCAUGAUCUGUUUUUCAAUUUUUCUUGAUUAAAUAUUGAAAACAUUGCUUUAUCAGUUUAAUCUGGCCGGGUAGCUUUAUUUCCACGUUGUGCCGACUCGCCCAUUCACGCGGCGCCAAAAUGACCAAUAAGCCCUUAUACCCGCC